UACAGCUUCACUCCAUCCUCCCCAAAACAGACUAAUCGGAAAGUCCAUGUCUGAGGAACAGCCUUGCUUAUCUUCCACUUGCCUGCAUAGGCUUAGCUUCAAGGCUCCCUUACUCAUGGGGCCUUCCAGGGCUCAAAAUCUCCUGACAGGUGCUCUCUGCCUUUCUGUGUUCUCGGCAGUCCUAUCCCCUGUCUGCUGUUCCCAUGACCCACCGACAUGGCACUUCACUUCCUCAGAAGUUGUUAUCCCCAGGAAAGUGCCCCACAAAAUGGAUGGAAGCAAGACACCAGAACAGCUCUCCUACACUAUGCGCUUCCGUGGCCAAAGACACGUGAUCCAUAUGAAGCUCAAAAAGAACUUGCUGCCCAAAGACUUUAUGGUUGCUACCAACAAUGACCAAGGGGCGAUACAGGAGGACUACCCAUUUGUCCCUCGAAACUGUUACUACAGCAGCUACCUGGAGGGAGUUCCUGGCUCCACAGCCACACUGGACACUUGCUCUGGAGGUCUGCGUGGCAUGCUGCAGCUGGAUGACUUUACUUAUGAAAUCAAACCACUGGCGGCUUCAUCCAAAUUUGAGCAUAUAGUUUCUCUACUUGUGGCACAAUAUGUAUCAGAGAAAGAUAAAAAGUGUGACAUUCCUGAGGACGAGGCAGAUCAACUACUUGAAGAGGUAAAACUUGUUGAAAGUUCAAGGUCAGCUCCUGUCUAUCUGUGGCGGAUACAUAGAAAACAGAUCCAUGUUCACUACACAAUAAGUAACUCACUCUGGGCUCAGGAUCAAAAUCAGUCUCGUGUUGUAGAGAAGAUAGUGAUUAUAAACAACAUAAAUCAUAGCAUUUUUAGACCAAUGGGCUUAAAUGUAUUCGUACGUAUGGUGUGCAUAUGGUCCGGCGGCGAUCAAGUAAGUUUAGCAGGAACAUCACCUUCGAGAACGAUAAGUCAUUUUGGUAUAUGGAAAAUACACAGAUGGUAUCAGAACUACCCUCAUUCCGUUUCAGCAAUCCUUACCGGACACAGCAUAGGAACCUUCAAUUAUUAUGCUAAUCGUGAUGGUAUGUGCAACCCCAAUUGGGGAGUACUUUAUUUGUUUAUGUCAAGGUACCACAUAUUUAUGUCUGCAGCAAUACUAGCACAUGCAAUGGGUCAUAGCAUAAAUAUGCAUCAUGACUCUGAAGGUUGUGUCUGUUUUCGAAGAAGCCAUUGUCUUAUGUCUCCUACACCUGGUUUUUUUGAUACAGCAAGCAAUUGUUCUUUUACAGAAGUACACAGGAGAAUUCAUAGUUGGGAUGUUUGUUUGAGUAGGAUGUUCGUUCCAUACAAUAAUUUUCCUUAUGUAGCUCCUCGUUGUGGAGACAAAAUAGUAAAUAACAAUGAGGACUGUGACUGUGGGACCCUUAAAGCAUGUGCCUCGAGUAAGUGCUGUACAACCGAUUGUGUUUUUACGGCUGGCAGUGUAUGUAAUUCAGGGGAAUGCUGUGUGAAGUGUGAAUACGCUCUCCCUGGAGUUAUAUGCAGAGACACGCUUGGUAUUUGUGAUCUGCCAGAAUACUGUAGUGGGAAAAAUGAGAGUUGCCCCCAUGACUUUUACAUCCAAGAUGGAACCCCAUGUUCACCUCAAGCUGUUUGUAUGCAUGGAAACUGCAGUGAUCGUGACUUACAAUGUCAAGCUCUGUUUGGAUACGAAGUAAAAGAUGCUCCAAAACUAUGCUAUGAGAAAUUGAACAUAAUAGGCGACCGAUUUGGAAACUGUGGACUUAGGGAGCAGAGACCAGGAGUUAUACCUAGUAAAUGCGACGCUGAUAAUGUUCUUUGUGGAAUAUUGCACUGCAGCAGUCCUGGAAUAGUUCCAGGAGGAGGUGAGCACACUACAUUUCAUGAUAUAAUAAUACAAGAUGUUAAACAGGAACACUGCUUUGGUUAUGAUGUACACCUUGGGACAGAGAUACCAGAAAUGGGACUUGUAGUAGAUGGUGCAACCUGUGGCCCAGGAAGAUUCUGCCGUAAACAAAAUUGUACUUUUCAUGACGACAUGGGUUUUGACUGUGAUGUGAAGAGCUGCAAUUUCAGAGGAGUGUGUAAUAAUUUAAAACACUGCCACUGUGCACGUGGUUAUAAUCCACCAAAUUGUUCAGGGCGAGGACUAGGUGGCAGUGUGGAUAGUGGCCCUCCACCUACCAGAGAAGAAGGUAUUCGAGCCAGAAUAAUUUUCGCUGUCAAUGAGACGUUACUGCUAAUUAUUGUUCGAUUUGGUCUUCUUCUGGCUGCAAUGGUCAUUGGUGGAUGUAUAAGAGCAAAAAGAGCUGUAGAAAAGAAAGUAUAUCAGGAGGAAUAUGAGGAAAGUGAAAGUGAAAGCUCUGACUAAAACAUGGGAGCUACAGUGAAAAGCAUCACAGUGGCACUUGUUGAAAGAAAUGAUGGAUGAUCCUUCUAUGAAUUACAUAAUUCAUAGUAGUAAUUCUGACAUUGCUGUCUUGGAAUA